AUUUACUGAGCGCCAAAUGUGUAUGUAAUGUUCCAGGGGCGGGGCUUUAAUAUUGAUGAAAGCUUGUGAGCUUCCGAUGAAGUGGAGUCGGAUAUCUGAUGGGAGGAUAUAAUAGUAAACUGACAGUACCAAAAGAUGAGCCAAAUCUCAUGAGUAGGGUUGAUACUUCUGACCUGAGCAAAAACCCUAAACUGGCUGACCUCAACAAAGUUGACGAAAAACUAGCUGAUAUUCGUUCUUACACAAAGAUGGAUGCGCAAAAUUCUAACGAUUCCUUCAUGCUGGGUCGAGGAGGUAUUAUGGUCGUAUUAUACGACUUCGCCGAAUCAAUGAGUUCUCAAAUCAGCAUUAAGCGAGGUGAAUUGGUACGCCUUUUAAGCUAUAGUCCAGCUGGAGACUGGUCUGAGGUGGAAGCUUCUAUUGUCUUACCACCUCUCCCCAAACCUGAACCGGGUAGUUCUACUUCCGGGUCAGAAAGUCAUCCUUCUCAAUGCACAGGUGGAGCUACUGUAAAGCAUAAUCAUGGGCCCACCAGGGAAACUGGGAACAGUGUAAAUACUUGUAUGUAUUUGUUCAAUAAUUACAGACGUGGAUGGGUACCAACGAGUUACUUAGCUAUUACAAAUGUCUUCCAAAGUUCUGCUCCUUCAAAACAGUCUUAUUCACAACAGUUGAUUAGUUGUGAAGGUUCAGAAAAGCCAAAUUGCUCAGUUAAUGCCCCUUGUUUAUCUAAUUCACAACCAAUUAUUACAAAUGACCAUAUGCAAUCACGGGUACAAAACGUAUCAAACAAGGGACCUGUUCAUCAUUUAAUGAUGGAUUCAUCGCCUCUAAGUCUUUUAGAACCAAGUCUUCUUCCAUAUUCAUGGUAUCAUGGUGCUGUCUCAAGACAAGCUGGAGAACAUCUCCUUCGAAGUGGUAUCACAGGUUCUUUUCUGGUUAGAGCAUCAGAGUCUGCACCUGGUCAACUUUCUGUAACUGUGCGCCACUUAGGAAGAGUCUAUCAUUAUCGUAUUAGUCAGGACAGCAGAGGACUAUUCUAUAUAACGGAAGCUCAUCGAUUCCCGACCGUCGUUCAACUAAUUGAGCACCAUUCUCGUUCUGCUGAUGGUUUGGUUUGUCCACUUCUUUAUUCAGUACCGAAACCGCAAUUUUUAAAUCAACCCAUGCAACAAUCUUGCUACUCAUCUGUCCCUCAAACACUACCCAGUUCAAGAAUACCUGGUCAAAAUCAGUUUGAAGUCAAUCCCAUUGUUCAUCAAUCAAAUGCUGAAAUAUCUAACUUCCCUUUAACUCAUAUAAAUCCCGUAUCACAUGUGCCCAGACCAUUUCAUCAAAGUCAUAUAAACAAUUCAGAAAGAUUAAGUGCUUGUAGUGAUUCUAUCGGAAGUAUGGAAUUUGAUGGAUGGGAAAUUGAUAGGUCCGAAAUUAUUAUGCGUCAAAAAUUGGGCUGUGGUCAAUAUGGUGAUGUAUAUGAAGCUGUAUGGAAACGUUUUAACUCUGUUGUUGCAGUAAAAACACUGAAACAAGAUGUUAAUUUGAAUGUCAAUGAUUUUCUCAAAGAAGCUGCUAUUAUGAAGAAGUUACGUAAUAGGAAUUUAGUUCAAUUAUUAGGCGUAUGUACUCGAGAACCGCCCCUUUACUUAAUUACGGAAUAUAUGCCAAAUGGGAAUUUAUUGAAUUAUUUACGUACACGUAGUCCAGGUGAACUCACCCCGCUUACUCUACUUUAUAUGGCUGUUCAAAUCGCCUCUGGAAUGGCGUAUUUAGAAGCUAAUAAUUUUAUCCACAGGGAUUUAGCUGCUAGAAAUUGUUUAGUGGGUGAUCAACAUUUGAUCAAAGUUGCGGAUUUUGGUUUAGCACGUUACAUGCAACGGCAAGACACUUAUACUGCUCGUAAUGGUGCUAAAUUCCCUAUUAAAUGGACUGCUCCUGAAGGUCUUUCUUACUAUUUGUUCUCAUCAAAAUCGGAUGUAUGGGCUUUUGGUGUAGUCCUAUGGGAACUUGCCACCUAUGGUCUUUCACCUUAUCCUGGAGUUGAAUUGCAUGAUGUUUAUCAUCUUUUAGAGAAAGGUUACAGAAUGGAACGGCCACAUGGAUGCCCAGAAGCAGUUUAUUCUAUAAUGUUAAGAUGUUGGUCUUGGGAUCCUAAUUUGCGGCCUUCAUUCAGUGAAAUCCAUGCAGAACUAGAACAAAUGUAUACAACUAUGAACAUUGAAGCUGAAGUUGCUUUGGAAUUGGAAAAGCAACCUGUUAAUUUUAUCCAACAACAACAACAACAACAACCACUUGUGAGUUCAAACAGAUUCACAGAAAUACAACCACAAGAUUUACAAGGCAAUUCAGUAAAUCAAUUUAAUAUGGUCUUCAAGGAGUCUUUACCAAAUAGUUUUAUAUCAACAGAAAUUGUGAAUUCGGAUCAUGUCGUUUCUAGACAUAAUAACGCUAUUCAUUCCACGUCGAAUAUAGAUUUCACCGGUAAUAAUGUUGAAUCAAGUCGACCGAAUCCAAUAUCUUCUUAUGUUACAAUGAAUUCUGUUGCUAAUCACUCAAUACAUCAUCAUGUUGAAAAUAAUAUUACUUCACUUAAUAACAAUAAUAAUAUUAAUUGUAUAAAACAAGAAAAGACUAUAUUUAUUGGUCAGAAUCGUUUGUCUAAAGAUAAACAUUCAGUUCUUCCUUCUCCUUCAUCAUCUGGCGGUGGAGUUGGUGGCAGUGAUCAUUUUGGUCGUAUUACUGAUAAUUUAGCUGCUGUUUCACUUGACAAUGACAAUGAUGAUAAUGAUAAUAUUGAUGACGAUGAUGAUGAUGAUGAUGAUGAUGAUGAUGGUGAUAAUCAAAAUAAACACUCGGCUAGUUCAAAUAAUCAUGCUGUUCAACGUGAAAGUAAUUCGGAGAUAAAUCCAGAUCAUAUUCUAUUACCCACUAGCAGUUUAGGUCAGGUUAAAUUUUUACCAUGCGGCCCACAAAAUAAAUCCAUACAUGAAUCUAACCAAAAUGGAUUUCCUAAUUUGAUUCAAUGUCGAACACCAUUUUCAUCAAAUUGUUUAACACAAACACAAUAUUCACCGGCUUCAUUAUCUGAUAAUGGAUUUUUACCUUUCGGUGAAAAAUUAUGUUACUUUAUCCCAAUGAGUAAUAAUUUAUCUUAUCAACCUAAUUCACAUAUUACCUCGUCAAAUAUUACACAAAAUUGUGGUACUUCAAAUCUUUCUCAAUUUUCCAAUAAUAAUUCAGCUUCCAUAGUUUCUAAAAUUCCUAACUUAAAUGUUGGUAAUUCAACAAAAGUGGUGAAUGAUCGAUCAGCUAUUCGAACGAAUCGUUCUAUUCAUCGUAAUGUUACCUCUGGUUGUAAUACUCAGACUAGUUCUCAACAAAAUGGUACAACACGUAGUCAAGAUACGGAUACACCAGAUGAAAGUGGUGUUGGUGAAUCGAUUAUUUCAAACGAAUCUCCUGCAGAAAGUCGAGCAUGUGGCGGUGGGAUAAUGAGUAAUGCUGUCGGUGUUGGUGUAAUUGCUACUAUGAAUUCGAUAACACCAAGUGGACCCUGUCAAGUUGAUUGGCGUUUAAAUGUGCCGUUUGAAGUGUCCAUGUCAAUUGAUGAUUAUUCUCAACAUUUUCAUCAUGCACAAAUAAUAACUCCUUCUUCAAAUGUUAUUCACCAUCCACAUUCCUAUCCAUAUUUAUUUCAAACUACUAAUACUUCUACAACAACGACUACUACUAUCAAUACCAUUACUUCUCAUAUUUCUUCUGCCUCAUCAUCUACUCAAUUCAAUGUUAAUCCAUUAAUGGAACAAUUCUCUACAAUACCACCUCACGAUAGAAUUGGAAGUUAUUUAAAAAGUUUGGGUGAAUUAGAUACCAGUGGUGGUCGUCAUCAUCGUUGUAACGAACCACCAACAUUUGCUUAUCACCAAUCGCAACCAAAUGAAUCAAAUUUACCAACUGAUAUACUUGAUGUAAAUGAUAAAACAUUUAAUCAUCCAUCGAACUUUUUACAUUAUCUCCCACCGCCACCACCACCGGUGCCUCCCCCACCUCAUUCAUCAAUAAUGGAAUGCUGCAAUUCGCCGUUGUUACCUCCUACAUCUACCACCAAUAAUGCUUCAAUUCAAUUAAGCUCGCACGUAACUUCAACCGGGGAAAUUUCAAAGUCAAAUAUUUCUCACCCGAUUUCUCCUGUACAACGUAGUAAGCAAUAUUUUCAUUCAAAAGAAAUAAGGGAUGGUGAGACCGGAACAAAUAUGAACCAGCCAAUCAACUGUUUAUCGUCUAACAAUCAAAAUAUAUCUCAAUUGAAAGCUUCGUCUGAACAGAAUAACAUAGUUGUUGAUGAAUCUUCUUUGAAUCAUAAUAACAGUAGCAACAAUGAUACUGAUAUUAAAGAUAUGCAUCCUAAUACUUCUUAUUCCAAGAUUUCUCAGGCACGCCGACGUAAUAGAGUAGAUAUAGAACGUGCUGUUAGUGGUAAUGCUGGACACCUGGACUAUCCAGGAGUAGGGCGACGUCAUUUACCACUGGAUGAUCGAUCAGAAGAGGAAUCGAAUACGGAAGAAGUUCCAAGAUCAUUCGAGGAUGAGACUUUAUCCAUCGCGUCUGACUCUCCGAACAAUUCUCAAGAUAAUUCAAUAUCGAUUAAACCCGAUGCAGACCUUUCAGGUGGUGGUGAAGGAGACGAUGUUUACCAGGCGCCAGAUUCUUACUAUUUACCAAAUGUUGGUAAUAAUAAUAAUAAUAAUUCGAAUUCACAAAAUUUACAACUUAACUCUACUUCACAGGAAUCAAUUACAAAUCUACUUGAAAGAUCUAUUGAAUUAGUCAGUUGGACUAAAGAUCUAUGUAGUUAUUGUGAAAUGGAAUAUGAGAUCCCGAAUGCAUCGUUCAUUGAACUAUCGAAUUGUUUAGAUUCUUUUCGUAUUGAAUUAGAAGCCUAUAUUGUGGAACAUAUAAGCAAUAAUCCAAAUCUUACUAAAACUAUCUUAAUUUCAUGUGAUAAUCUAGGUAAACUAACUACAAAUUUAUCUUUGCAUUUAAAGACUAUGGAAAUUGAUAAACCUGCCUUUAGUGUACAUUGUAAUUCUUGUCAUUUGUGUUUAAAAGAAAUUCAUGAACAUAUCGUACAACUUUUAAAUAAGUCAAAAGUAACCAAUGAGGUAACCACUACCGCGGUCACCACUGGUUCUACCACGUCUGUUACUAAUCAAACUCAUUUACAUGAUGAUCGAUCGUUUAGUACUACUGCUAAUAAUACUGUUACUACUACUACUACUACUACUACUACUACUACUACUACUACUACUACUACUACUACUACUACUACUACUACUACUACUACUACUACUACUACUACUCAUGUAUUUGGGAAAGUUUAACUUCUGAAUUUUACUAUUUUGUGUUUGUUUCUUCACUCACUGCGUAUGCGCAUAUCUUUUUGUAUAUGCUUCAUUCUGUUGCAAUUAUUAUUCAUAGUCUACAAGAUUCUUAUUGUUUAAAAGCUAAUUGUUUUGAUUUCUUUCUGAAUUGAUCAACAUUAAUAAGUGUCCGGGAUUCAGAAAUAGCCAUCACAUCAUUUACACAUAUACUUGUUGUUUUGUUCAACUGAAACGUUAUCAUAUUUCAAAUUUUCACCUCAUUCAAAUUACACCAAUGUCUUUCGAAUAUUCACUUUUCUAUCAUUUAUAUAUAUGAUUGGGCGAUCGACUGAUCUGAUCGUCUCAUGACAGAAACUAAUUUUACAUAAUUUCAAUCAUCUCUAUUUACCCCAUUGUUUACUACUGUAAAAGUCAUACAAUGUUAUCAUAUCUGUAUAAAGUUCAUUUUGCAUGUUGGUGUUUUUUUUGCUCAUUUCUUCGUUUUAAAUUUAUAUCAUUUUUGACACUGUGUUUUUUCCUCUCUGUUUGUUUUCUUUUCCGAUUUCUCACCUUUUAUUUUCACUCGGAAUAUGUGAUUUACACUAUCUUAAUUAUCUAUAAAAAUAAUACCACAAUUGUUUUUUUGUCAACCAAUUUUUUUCCGGUUGUUGUUUCAUCAGAAAACUAAGUCAGACGAUCAGUUUCUAUGGUGAAUAUAUUGAGUAUACAUACACACAAAUUCGGAGAGAGAUAGUCUGUGUUAUUCCCACUUUAUGUGUAAUAAUAAUAAUAGUUAAAUCUCGUUUUUGACAUUCUCUUGUUUACCUUUGUAUACAUAAAUAAUAAUACAACAUUGAUAAUCUUUUGACUUGUGUACACACGAAUUGAUUGUGCAUUCUAAUGGGUGACCCAUUUAGUGUGAUAUAAAAUUCUAUGUUACGUCUUUACAUUCUGAAAAUGAAAUUUAAUUUAUUUUCCUGUCAAAAUAACAUUAAUUUAAAUAACAACAAAUGUGUGUUUCAAAUUUUACUCAUAAACAACAAUUUUGACACAAUAAUGCCAAGUAAAUAAAAGUUUUUAAAAGUCCCCUAUGUAUAUCAUUAUAUAAAUACAUAAUGAAAGAGACAUAAUAUCGAUUGCUAUUAGUAACUGAUAAUAAUAAUGAUAAAAUUAUUUUUUUCCUUUUUGAAUUCUUACUUGAAGUAUUUAAAACAUUUCUUCCUAUUGCCAUUGUACUUAUCAAUAGUUUUUCUCCUUUCAUAUUGAGAUAAAACUAAUAACCAAUGUAUUGAUUAUUGUAUGAAUUAAAGAAUGUCAGUGAAUGAGUAUUGUUGAACAGUGGGAAAUACGUUUCCUACAUCUUCAUUUAUUACCGAGUGAUAUGUGUGUAUCGUAUACUGUUAGUAAAUAAAAUCUUAUCGUUAGUCAUUCCUAGUCUUGUUUAUAUCAUCAUGGAUGUGAAAAGUAAAUGUCUGUAUGUUUCGAUAUAUUUUUAAUAAAUUAUUUACUACAUAGGUAGAGAUUGCAAAACAAUCAACCUUUCUUCCGAACUCGUAAUAGAAACCCUUUUUAUGAUGUUAUGUUGAUCCGUUUCCUGUAUUCCUUUUUAAUAUGUUUUGAAAUGUAUUGAAUACAGUUUAAAACAUACGUUAAAACCUGAUUGAAAGAUGAUAUUAAUGGAUGAAUUAAUAAGAUAA